AUGAUGGCGACGAAAUUUGGCUGGAAGAGAAAAUUGCCUCAAAAUUUAGUUGAGGAAAGGGCUGCUGUAUUCGAUGAAACCAACGAAAAUUCAGCUGAUGGCGUAGAGGAACCAUUUGAAUUGGACUGGCGAGUCCUUUUAGUGAAAAAAGGUGUGAAAAGCAUUGAAGAUAGCGUCACUAAAAGCAAGCGGCUCGAAGAAGAAGGAGUUUCUCUCGCAGAGCAACAGAGGUGGUACUUUUAUAAAUUGUUGUUACUUUGAUUAGUUAUAUCUAAAGUAGAAUAGUUUCUUCCCGUGGAGUAGCGUGUAUAUCACUUCAUAGGCUCAGCGCCUCUCUGCGUACUUGGGCCUCCUCUAAAUUGCUGUAAAUGUUUUAUUGCCUUGUAGCUUUUGCUUGCUUCUUCCUAACCCUUUAAAACCAAAGAGUGGCCGGAGAUACUGAUAAUAGGCUAUAACGGGUUUAGAGGUUCUUACUUAAUCUUAUUUGUCCUAACUUUGAUAUUUAUGCAUCUUUAUUUUCAAUUGAUGUUGUGACAGGUACUGGGAAGCACUUGGAAAAUGGAACGAAGCGGUAUUGUUGACUCCAAACAAUGCAAAGCUUUAUGAAAUGAAAUCACAGGUAAUGGUACUUUUCUCCUCUCACCCUAGAACUUAAAAAUUCCAGGGCUUAGGCUAGGAUUUUAAGCCUUGGCUUAUCUGUCAUAUGAGUUGUUAUUCAUAUUAGCUUUUUUUUUCAUGUGUAAUAUAGAUAUUACUAGAACUACAUGAGUUAUUCCCUGCUAUACAAGCAGCAGAAAAAGCAGUUUCUUUGAACCCUUGUUGGUAUGUAGCCUAUCAAACUCUUGGUCGUGCACAGAUGGGGUAUGGUGAUGUUGAGAUGGUAGGUACCAAGGGUAUCCCAUUUUAUUAUAUAGAUACUGAUGAAAAACCAGGAUUUUUCUUUUUACUGAAGAAUCAUAUCUUCAUCGCACGCAGUGAAGAUACUAUUUUAUCUUUCAUGUGUGAGGAUAUUGGUAUUGCCAUGGUUACUAACAUGAUAAGUCAAUUACAAGAGAGCUUCCUGCUCAGGCAUGCAGCCAGUUCUUUUGACAUUUCAUCAGUAUAAACAAAAUAAACAGAACAUUACAUGGCCGCUUGGGAAUACGGAUUUUAUCUUCUUGUGCUGUGAGAGAUACUUUCAGCAUUUGAAGAUAAAAUUUGUACCCCCGUGCAGCCAUGUAAUAUCCUCUACUUUUUGCUAAAUCUGCUAAAUAUGUCAAUUGAUUGUUGUAUAUAAACAUUAUCAAGAAAUUGAUAAAUAAAUUAAUAGUAAACCAUUUAGAUAGCUUGUAAAGUGGUAGCCAGUGUCUCAAUUCAAAGCUCUCCAUAAUUUAUCACAGAAAAUCUGGGAGGAGUGUCUCUAUGGGACAAAGCUAGGUAUUUGGAAUGCUGGGAAUUUAUUCUGGUGAUCCUGAAUCAACUCCGCCUAACCUUUUUUUUAUUAGAACACAGAGCAAUUAUCACGCUAAUCUGACCCUACAUGUUUGAAGACAGAUCCCUAGACACUUGACCACAAAUUCUUAAGAAAACUCUUUACCAAUUUUUUUAUGAAAUGUUAUUGCAUACAAGAAUUUUGACGUGGUUGUUGAGAAAUCUUGUUUGAGGAAUUUCUGGUAGAUGUUCCUAGCUUUUAAUUUUCCAGAACAUUAUCAACAUGACAUCUAAAUCACUAUGUCUUUUGACAUGUGAUGUCUGCAAUGGUAUUCAGAGGAAGUUUCUUAUACUUUCAGUAAAACUGCUUGGUAAGUUAAGCAGUUUGGCAAUGUAUCUCAAUUUUCUUACUUUUUAAGACCAGAUUUGUAUAGAAAGCUCAACAUUUCUAAAUGUUUUGGCUCAAAACAAUGUUAUAAACAAAUUUAUAACUGACAAUAUUUCAUGUGAGUACAACAAAAUAUUUGAAAUGCUUUGUUCCAUAGGGGGUGAAAAGCUUCUCAAAAGCUAUUCUGUUACAACCUGAUGAAUCAGAGGUAAGGAAAUAAUUGAUCUUAUUUUCUCUCUCAGCUAUUAUGUGCACGAUCAUUGGUCAAUUUAAUGGGAAGCAUUUCACUGUACAGCAAACUAAAUUCAAAAAUUUAUUUUGAGCAAUUGAAAUCCUCCCCCUCUACUUGAACCAAGAGAUGCAAUGACUAUCUUACUAACCUCAUUUCUCAGCUUGCUUUUUCUGCUCCGUUUUAUGACCUACACUCUUUAUGCUUGGGCCAUAGAUCUGAGAGGAAUAAACUUGGACAAUAACUUAAAGUAUGCACCUCAAACUUGGUUAGUAAGAGGUAUAAAGUGUUUGAUGGGGCAUUUUUCACAAUAUUAGAUAGAUGCACAAUAGAAUAACAUUUCCUUAUUUGCAUCAAUGCAUUUUGUUACCCUGCUCAAUUAUAAAUUCUUUUGGAGAUGUGGUCAGAGGAUUUGCACUGGGCCUGGAAACUGAGAGAACAGAAAAGGAAACAAGAUGAGAUCAAGAAUAGUACAAAUCCUUCUGUCCUAGAAAGCAAAGAACUCUUCGAGCUAUAUGCCACAGACUUGGGACAGGAAAUAGAGAUGGAACAGACACCACUGAAUUUAAUAACCAAGGAAAAGUGAAAUAUUAAUAUAGAAAGAAUGUAUGUGGAGAAAAAAAUAUUUGUGGUCAGGCAGUGAAUAUCUAUUGACCUGCCAAUCAGUAGCUCAUAGAAUGCAAAAUGUCCUGGAUGGUCGUUCCUGUAACUGAUCAGUAGCCUUGUCAGUGUCACUCAAAACUUGUUUGGAUGUAAUGCACAUCACCUUUGGGAGUCAAGUUACUUAUAGUCAUCAGUUGUGAUAAGGAAUGUACAGUGAUAGUUUGAGGUCAUGGAGCUGAAUGGUUAUAAAGAACAUCGGGUUUACUUGCUAUAUUUCUUUAGCAUUUAGGACCUGAAAGUGGAUAACUUUUGAAAGCACUUAAAUAAUUUUUAACUGAAAGAACAGUGUAAAAUUCCUAUUCAUUUAUGCAGUCACAGUGUGAGCACCAAAACAUAAGAAAGCCUUGGUUAACUCUUUGUUCUUCACAAUGAUAAGAUUCUACUUUAAAUAUUCCUCCUACAUAUUUUUCUGCUUCAAAUCAGUGAAAUUGAACUUGUUCAUUCUUAAAGAGAUUUCCAAUCUGUAAUACUUUUUGGAUAUUUUGUUUGUCUAAGCCAGGAUAGCAUUACUGAACAUUUCCUUUUUCAGAAAAAUCCUAGGUAGCCUUUUCUUCACUAGGUAAGGUAAGGUAACCCUUAAGUGAUUUACAAAAAUAGUUUAUGGCAGUCAGCUGACUUGGUCUUGAAAUAACUAGUUUAAUUUAUAGAUGGCAUAGGCAAUAUUAGUGUCAAAAGUAAACACAAAUUAGUAUUUUCCUUAACAUGCUAUCUAUUACAGCUUACAGAAAAAUCCAAACUAAACCAAGACUGAACUUGCUCAGUCCUUUAUUCCCCAAGAGUGACU